GCCUUUUCCGUCGAACUCCAAAUAAUUUUCGGAUUCCUUCGGAUUUGACAGAGGACGCGGGAGUUUUAAUUGAAAUCCAGAAGAAAUGUGGGAUAUAAUUGAAACAGACUUUGGUGGAGAUGAGACAGCUAAUUUUGGUCCGAGAAAGGAAACGGGGACAGCACUUUAUCAGGUUGAUACUGUAGCAACUGUGUCUUGCCAAAAUCAGGACAACACAAGUCUGCCUGUUAAUGCAGCAUGUGUGUUUGGAGAUUUAACAAGUCUGGCGGUGGAGAAAACUCUAAUUCUUCAAGCCUCAUCUACGCUUAGCUUCGACAGUGAUAUAGAAGAGAUGGAAUGGAGUCCGGAUGGAAGUUUAUUGGUGAUGGGACUGACAGGGGGAAUGCUGUUCAUUCUUGAUGCGGAAUCCACAGAAAUCGUCUUCUCUUUAACUCUUGUCCCUGAAGAAAGACAAGUAAAUGGCAGAUCAUUUAAAAGAAUUUUAUUCUCAGAUCCAUAUAUGGAUAAUGAAGGGACUGCUGAACUGAUUAUACUGACUGUUGAUGGACAACUUAUUGUUUUCCCCGAUGUCCAGAUAUUUAAACAAGGGUUAGAGAAUAUAGGUGACACAGUAGCAAACAGUGUAAAAAUGGCCAGUACCAAAUCUCAUCAUUCAUCUGUUAAUGAUGCCAUUGUCAUGGGAGACUACAUAUUUACAUUGGGGAGUGGUGAUAGUAUUUUAUGUAAGUGGAGUUACAGACAAGGCAGUAUUGACCUGCAAGAUGAAGCUGAUAGCCCUUUUAAUGAAGAAGUGGCUUUACUUGCUGGAAAGGGUACUUCCGAUGGUCAUUACAUCUUUAUACUGGAUACUAAACAAUGCCUGAGUAUCUGGGAUGCUAAGAUGAUGAUUUGUGUGAAAACAUUUAAUGAUGUAAAAGUCGCUGACCUCUGCCUGCUGGAGACCAACACUUCACAGAACAACAGUAUGAGAGAUAUGAAGUUAGUUAUAGUGACUGAGGCAGAGAAUGGAGAAUGUUUCCUGAAGGUUCAAACCUUACCAGACUGGGAGACUGUCUAUAAUUUACAGUUAUCUGCCCCUAGUAAGCUUGCCAAGUGUAACACAUUUCAAGAUGCUUUGUACAUUUCGGAAUUCUGCUCAAAUAAUAACGAGCCAGGUACAUUCACUACUUUAAGAUUCCGAUGUUUGAAUGAAACAGAUCCUAAAACAAGAUUGUACAGAAUUUUACAGAAAAACAAGUUUGAAGAGGCUGAAAAGUUUGCCAAUCUAUUCCAGUUGAACAUUGAGCUAGUUCACAAAGUGAAGGCUAAUUACCUGAUAGAUCAGUUGUCUCCCUGGAAUUGCAGCAAAUAUGAACCUGAUCAAGUGAAGGAUAUGAUCAAUCAGCUAUGGAGCUGUCUGGAUACAAUUGUUGAUGACCUUCAUACAGCUGAGAAUUGUAUGAGAGCAGCUUUACCCACGUAUAAUGACACAGAGAAACUACUGUCUUACUGUAAAGAUAGGCUUGUAAAAGCUUUAUCCAGCAAAGAUCCUAUUGUAAGAGAGAAACAGGGAACAUUGUGUAGUAAGUUACUGGAGAUUCAGCAUAGGUUGGUAACAUUUAAACUGGCAUAUGGAGAAGAAGCAUUCAGUGGUGAGAAAUGGGGACAAUUUAUAUGUGCUGACCUACUACAUGAAUCUCUCAAAUGGCUGGACAGAGGUCAUCUUGAUACUGGAUUCAUUAUCUGGACAAGACACCAGUCAAGCUGGAAGAGUGAAGCAUUGAGUAGAGACUUGAUUCAGAAGAUAUUGUCUACAUUCCCGUACCAUACCCAACCCAAAAAUCUACUGGGCUACAUUAGCACUGGGCUUAUACCAUGUGUUGUGAGCGAAGUUCCAGAUGCCCUGGUAGACCUUGUUGACUUUGUGAUUGAGAAAACAAAAAACAUGGAGUCAAUGGAUAAGACAAACUGGCCAAAGAAUGGUAUAGAGUUUGCAGAGUAUAUGCACAGACGUUUACAUGAGUCCUCAGCCGUAGUUAUAGAUGAUGAAACUUGUAUGGCAAAUGACAAUGCUGACAAGACACAACUACGAAGUGAGGUGACUCUAAAACCAUUGAUGACAUUGCUGAUCAAACUGAGACAACUGGAUGAUGUCUUACAUAAAUACAAGUGUAGAUUGUCACUUGCUCAAUUCCUCAAGGAAACCAAGGAGACAAUAACAUUCAGGAUGUUGGACAAAGUUGUUGCUCUUGAUUUAAUUAGUCAGACCUUAGAGAGACAGAUACGUCCGUAUAUGAAGGAGCAUGGUCUUAAUCAAGAUGAAAUAUUUUCGAAAUAUAUCAAGGAUUUACUGGAGAGGUAUGGUCAGGUGAGAAGUUUCCGAGGAGAAACAACGUGGGAGGCUAAAGCAUCAGCUGUUAUAGACUGUAUCACAGAUGUUGAGCAAAAGAUAGUUGGUAUUCUUGAAGUAAUGGAAUGGGCACCAGUACCAUGGACCGCUGGUGUAGAACAACUUGUACAGAUGGGACUCAAACUCAAACAUGCUAAAGUAAGCAAGAUAAAAGAGCAGUGUGAGAGAGCUCGAGUUAGAAAGUUAAUGAUGAAAUAUGGUCUAAAACAUGUUGAAGUUCCUCAUGGUCCAGAAGCUGAGAGGCUGAUGUAUUUCAUGUUAACUCAGGACAAGGAAGGUUGUAUGGAAGAUGCAUUGGAAGUUAUGAAAUCAUGUGGGGUUAAUCUAAAGGUCAACUUGUAUGCCUUCAGACUGAGGCAACUCAUUACAGCUGAUCGGCUUGAAGACUGUAAGGAGUUGUUGAAGAGUUUACCAGCAGAUCUAGGUAUCAAUAUAGGAAAUGACAUUGUGACCUUGACCUUGGUCAUGCUAAAUCAUACUGUCAUAUUGACACCUAUAGAAAAUGAGAUCAAGAAACAGAAGAGAGCAUUCACUGAGGCUUCUUUAUUAAUCAUUAAAUACCUAUUGACCAAAACACAUGAUCUGAUAGAGCUUGAAGACUUGAAGAAGCAGGAAAAAGUUCUGAGAAAUAUAUUAGCAUUGCAGGUAGAGUUUGAUAAAUAUGUGACAAUGGAGGAAUAUGACAGUGAGCAGUUUAGAAUGAAAGUUAUAUAUGACUUCAUGAAAGACUUCUUUGCUAAGGAUCAGUUACAGGGUUCUGACUAUGCCAAGGUUUAUAGAUUGGCAAGAAUAUUACAGAUCUCUCAUACUACUAUACAAGGUCAGCUUGCUAUAAAAUAUGCCAACGCUGGAAACAUACAUACUGCUGUACAAAUAUGUGGUGAGUUAUUUGAGUCCAGUCCUACACAGGAGACAGCAGAGACAUUGUUUGAAGUGGUUCAAGCCUUCCUUGACCUUCAAGCUGAAGUUGAUACAGAUGAUGAAGAUAUUGAUACAGGAAAGCUACGUCUACUACCAGAAGUCUGUCACAGACUAGCUACACAGGCUCUCUGUAUCUGUAGUCAAGAGAAGUUAUGUCAGUACCUAGAAUUGUGUAAGAUAUGUUCCUUGUUGUUAUCUGUAAGUCAACAAUGUGAAUCAGGGGACAGUACUCUAUCUGCUCAGUGGGGAGAAGUGACAGAGUUCCGUGUAGACAAGGAGUUAUUUACAGACCUCACACUAGAUGUGUUCCAGGAAGAUGCUUUGUUAAUGAGCUCAACUGUUGCUUUACCACUUGUCUCUAAAUACACAGUUCUCAAUCCACUAUUUAGAUCCUUGAAACGUGCUGUAAAGACAGAUGUAGAGGAAAGUUCUCCAGUACAGUUAUUAUGUAACAGUGUAUUACCUGUGGUACAACAUCUUAGAGAAAACAGUCAUAUACAACUUUCCUUUACUUUCUCUCUCCACAUGCUGCUGACACUGUUACAAUAUAUGCAACAACAGGACAUGGGUCUGCCCUUCACAUCAGAGGCUCAAAGGGAGAAGAUUGUACAGGGCUGGAAAUGUGUGCAGGAUUUAGAGAAGACAAGCAAGGCUAUGAUGAAAGAUCUUGUCUUUACUCUUGUCAUGAAGAUAUUUAACAGUAGUCGGGUAGAUGAUCAUUUAGCAUUCACAUACUUGUGUAACCGACCUAAACGUGAAGUGAUGGAACUGAUGAUGAGGUUAACUAAAUCAGCAGGACAACAGUAUAAAAAACUAAAGAUUUCCUUCAAGGAUGCUAUUUUAGGACCAAACAGUGAGAAGACAAAGUUACUACCAACUAUUGCACAAAAUGAGGCUGCAGAUACCACAUUAGUGAAGGAAUUUUGUCAGUCGUUUGAGCUGGAUGUGGAUGAGGGAUUGUUACUAUAUUUAGAUCACUUGUUUGUACAGCCAGAUGAUACUUCAUUUGAAACGGAGAACAACAAGGCCUCAGUGAUAUCUCGUGCAUGGGAGGCCGUCUCUAUGAUCAAAAAUGAAGAUGAACUGAUGCGAUGUAUAAAGAAAAUUUAUUACAGGACAAGUGGUUAUGAUUAUGAGACUUUAGAGUUUGCACUAGAGGUGAUGGCCAAGUCCAGUGAUGUUGGAGACAUACCUGUAGAUAAGGGAUUAAAGUUGCUGGAAUAUCUGAAGGUCUACACACGCCAUGCACCUCCAGCUGAAUAUGAGAUUGAAUUUAAAAUUGGUGGUGAGAAAAAGGAGUCUCAGAUAUUUAUGGCAUCUUUACCACCAGAGAGUAAGACCAGACUACCUGUGCACCCUUUACUGCAUAAAGAUCCCUGGAAAGUGAUCACUCCAGAGUUGAAUAGAGAGACAGUUGCUACAUGGCUUCUGAUGGCGAAACUGCUCAGUUUAUCACCAGACCAGAUAUGUCUAACAGCAGUACAGAACAUGGUUAGAGUGUAUACAGAAACAUUUACAAGCCCUGAUGGAGGAUCAGACAUGAGUCAUUGGAACUGGAGACCCGAACAGGCCAACCAAAUCCUACUACAGGAUGCUGUACAAGUGUUACAGAGCAUUAAGAAUUGUGAGAGCUCUCUUGCAUGUGCUAAAUGGAUGGUCACCAAACUACCCUUGGGUUCGAGAAAGUUGGUCCUGAAACACUUAAAUAUCACAAUUGACUUGUAUUUUACAAAGUGUGGAAAGAAAGAGAAAGCAAAGGCAGCCUACCUGAAAUUUCUCAGUCACUGGCAGAAGAUGGCAUCAGCACAAGCCCUGUGUUUGAAUGGUCUUGGUGAAGCAGAGUUGUUACAAAGCACAGACAAACCAUCAUUACUGUUACAGAAAUUAUAUGAACAUCCUAGUAUCACACAGCUUGAAUGGGAAGCUGGAUCAAUCAAACCUGAUAAUGCAACAGUUUUUUUAUUUCAGACAAUGACAUUUAGCUUGGAGAAUAUCAAACUAAGUGAAACACUUCGAGAAAUUGAUGAUGAUGAUGAGGAAAUCAAUUUCAAAAGAAUUGUUCACCUUGUUGAGAAAGAAAACAAUGAAAAGAAUAUCAUGAGAUUGUUUGAGUAUGCCCUAAAGCCACAUGAAGGUCGUGAGACAGUAUGCUGUAUCAGGGCAUUAAGAUGUUUACUUCACCUAUGUGAUGAUGCUACCAUGCAGAAAGAAUGUAACAAGUCACUUGAGGAUAUAAGGAAUCUUCUACAUGUGAUGAUUUAUCUGUCAAGUCUGGAGAAACUUCACAUUCGACAUACUGUAGAAACAUUUAUCUCCUGUCAUAAAGAAGGAUUGGUGAAAGGAAUCUGGAAAAAUCAUAGUCAUGAAAAAACUGCUGUGACAUUGGUGUCAUGUUUGUGCCUAGAUUUUGAGAUCUAUGACUUCCAGUUAUGGACAAGCAUUCUGCAGAGGCUUCAUUCAUUUGGACUGGUGACCCAGCUAGAAUAUGUGUUGUUGCGCCUCAACAAUGUGCCAGAACUAUGGCAGAUUGCAGCUUUCCCUAAAAUGUGGUAUACUGUUGUAUCCAUGCCUCUACUCAAAGUAUGUUCACCUUUGAGUAAAGAACAGACAGACACAUGUGUACAUUACUUCAAUGUCUUGUUAAGAUGUCCUGUAUUGAGGGAUCUGGAUGGUGACAUGUUAUCUAAACUAUACCACAAGUUAGAGAUGCCGGCUUGCUCUCUGGGAUGUCUCAUCAUCUGUAAAUCAUCGUCUGACUCCAUGUUUCAGAAUAAAGUGAGUGAGGAAGGCAGACAAAUCCUGGAUAACAUUGACUAUAUGCUCCAAUGUGGUCUUAGUCAUGGAAUCAGUACUAAGAUACAAGAGAGUGUAUAUAAAGAUAUGUUGGUAUGUGAGAGGUUUGAACAGAUUCUAGAUACACCAUACCAACAACAGUUUGUAGAGUAUUGUGUCAAGAUGAAACAAAUAGAUGACCUGUUACUGUUUGCUAUAAAACAUCAAAGGUUAUCAGAAGCUCGUACAUUGGUGAUGGUAUAUACAAAUGCCCACACGGAUGUUUGUAUGAAGGUAGCACAGUAUAUAGAUGAGGAGGAAGAGGAAGAAGACAGUUCUACAGCACUGCUUAAGGGCUAUUUGAAGAUGCAGAAUCUACAAGAAUAUUCUGCUAUGAUGUAGAGUUAUUGCUGUAAUAAAUUUUCAACUGUGCUGACAGGAAUCAUAAAAAAGAACUAACACUGCUUACAAAUAUAUUAUUCAUUAUAUUAUCUGUAUAUAUUGUUUUCAAUUAAGCAGAGCUAACAUUGAAAGUAAUUGAAUUUAUCUAGCAUACAGGAUUGCUAAAAAAGAUAUUUAAGGUUAAUGUGGGUAAACAAAUAGAAAAGCUGCACAGUGUGAUUAACUACAUGAGAAUGGAAAUGCACAUUAAUUGUAGAAUGUUAUGAAAUAUUGUUUUGUUGACAAUUUGUUUGAAUGGUAUCAUUUUCUUUAUUAUAUAUGUUACAAUGACAAAGUUAAUUUUCAAUAUGUAUAUUGAAUAACUUACUGAAUUAACUUGUAUGAAAUAACUUAUAUGAAAUAAAUUUAAACUAAAC